AUGGACACCGAGGAUGGCCAGCUGUUUAUAAGAAACUUGGCGUACUUUGUACGAACCCAUGAAAAAGCGCUUGCAAAUGCUCUCCAAUUACAGCGACAAGCACCGAAACAUGGACAAGGCACCGUAGCCUCUCCCUCUUCGCCCACGGGCCCCACCAGUCCUCCUUCCUCCUCCUCUUCGAGUGUCUGGGCCGCAGCUCUGUCGCUGCCCUCUCUGACAUUCACGUCACAAUCGAUAAAGCCCGCGAAGCUCACACUGACUCCCCACCAUCUAUUCUACUUGCUCUCGCGCUUUGAAGACCUGAACAUACCCGUGGGCCCGAUGAACGUGCGACUUGAAAACAUACACACUGAUGCCUCACCCACAAACUACGUGUCCUUCCUCAGCAACACCCAGCGGAACAAGACCAAGUCUUCUGACCGCGACUCAAUACACUCAGUCUCCAGCGUUCGCAGUGUGAUGUCGGGCAUGUCCUCACUUUGGUCGUCUCUUCGUCUUGGAUCCAACAGUGCAGCCAAGGCAGAAAAGCAGAAGGCACAGCUCCAGGAAGACCUGAGGUAUCUCUACUCUGCAUUUACCAAGAUACCGUGCUUGAGACUCGCUCCAGACCACAAAGCUCGUCUAAUCGCGGGGUACGAGGAGUUUCCGUUCGACACCGCUGUGCCUCUAUUCGCAUUCAAGAACGUUACCGCUCUUGAAAUUUACGAUGUUGACUUCCGCCAGUUCUACGGUUGGGACCGAUUGGCCGAGAACCUGCGCAGCCUCACUGUCAAGCGAGCAGGAGUUGAUGACCCCGCUGAUCUUAUCAUCAACAUCGUACUAGAUGAUAUUGACAAGCGUCGCAGACGAUCUGCCAAAGCACCCCCUUCACCUUCCGCCCCCUGGACUACUGCAAGUCCUUCUGGAAAGCAUGCCCAGAUGGCUAGAUCAGACUCGCCACCAUCGUCUCCCACUGCGCCUGGCAGACAGAGCACAAGUCCGAGGGGUGCAUCGGUACGGGACAAUUAUGUGAAGACUCAUCAGCGCCAGCGCAGUACAUCACCAACAAGACCAGCCAGCUCUCGCCACGGGUCGACUCAAGUUUACAACAGGAACAGCGCGAGUGCACCAAAUUUCCGGCGCUCUUCUGGAAGUUCAGGCUCCAGCAUUCGGUCGACUACUACUCCAAGGGGCAGUUCUUCCAACCUUCUAUCCCUGGGCUGGUUUCCCACAACUAAAUGGCGCUUCUUGCGACAUCUAAGCCUGGCUGACAAUGCUCUCACUAACAUCUCGGCUACUAGCCUUGCUCCCUUGGCAAAUACAUUGCAGUCUCUUGACCUGUCGGCCAAUCUUUUUGCUGAGAUUCCCGAUAGUUUAGCUACCCUGACCUGUCUGCGCGCUUUGAAUCUUUCUAACUGUAUGAUCGAAAGCCUGCACUCCUUGGGACGGAACCCACUACCGGCAAUCUCAACCCUCAAUCUUCGUUCGAAUCGCUUGACAUCAUUGGCUGGUAUCGAGCGACUGCUGUCCCUCCAGCGCGUCGAUUUCAGGGAUAACAAGUUGACCGACCCCACGGAAGUCGCACGUCUUACUUGCGUGCCUGAGAUUUCUGACAUCUACGUGUACCGAAACCCGUUUUGCAAGACACACGCCACCUAUCGGAUAACGAUAUUCAACCUCUUCCGUAAAACGCCGGGCUAUUUUGAGGACAUUGUCAUCGACUCUACGGGACCCACCAAUGGCGAAAAGAAACAGCUCGUUGAUCGAGCACCCGAAUUGCUGGGCGUCCCUGUGGUCAAGCCUCCACCCGAAGAUGAUAUACCUCCCCCAGCACACAUUCCCCCGAAAGUGGUCAAAGCUGUUGACACCCCGUCUGAUAUACCCGAGGCAUUGAAACGCACAAACUCACUGCAUCGCACUAAGAGUGGGCGUAGUGGGCUAGGAUCACAAAAGAAGAAGAAGGGGCCUAAGCGGAGAAUUGUUGAACUUUCUCAGAGCGAUGCGGCGCAACAGUCAUCCGGGUCUGGUCUCACUGGCCUCGCCUAUGAUGACAUGGCUCCUGGGCAAACUCCCAAGAUGCUGCGGCCUGCCAGCCCAUCGCUGGUGAGAGACAAGCCUCGCUUCGAAGAGCCCUUGAAUGGACAAGUCUCGGGAGAUCCUACAAAGAAGACAGGUCCAGAUGAACGAGCCGUCACUGACGACACUCAUACAAGCCAUCAACAGUUACCACCCAUCGACACGACAACCAAGGGCAAGGUGCCAGAGCCACAAGAAGCCGAAUUUGACAUCAGCAACGAUUUGUACAAGAAGAAAAUCGAGGCUCUCCGACAGGACUUUGGCAACACAUGGCUAAGCGCUUUAGGAGACGAAAGCUGGGAUACAACGUCGGUAACCAGCUUUCCUUCGGAUCGUGGGUACAGCUCCCCAACCAUUCGACCGACACUACCUCGGACACCCAGCCAAAGUAUAGUCUCUGCUGGCCGUACACUUGGGUGA